AUGAUUGGUGAUGGGAAACAAAGGUUUUCCAAGAAUGGGACUCCUAUUAAUCACUUUCUUGGCACAUCCACGUUCAGUGAAUAUACAGUCAUCCAUGAAGGCUGCCUUGCCAAGAUCGAUCCGUCAGCACCAUUAGACAAAGUCUGCAUCCUCAGUUGUGGUGUCUCAACAGGAUUAGGUGCUACUCUGAAUGUGGCAAAACCAAAGAAGGGAUCUUCAGUUGCUGUCUUUGCACUUGGGGCUGUUGGCCUGGCAGCUGCUGAAGGUGCAAGAAUUUCUGGGGCAUCAAGGAUUAUUGGGGUUGACUUGAAUCCCAAGAGGCUUGAGGAAGCCAAGAACUUUGGAGUAAACGAGUUUGUGAGCCCAAGGGACGAGAAAUUAUAA